AUGGAGCCUACCAAGUUCACGCUGCCUUUCAGGCUUGUUCGCGACAUAUGGAGCCCCCGUGGUUUUGAUAGCGAUGACUCGCGUCUGUGGCUGGCAAGCUUCGAAGGCCCUGCUUUCAUCAACAGUUUUACUGUUACCUUUGAGCGCACUGGGUAUGCGGCAUGGGUCUCGCUGGAUCCCCAGCUGCUUUCCAGAUUCCAUGUCACUACUCGUACCCCAGCCAAUAAGUGGUUCUUUGAGGAUGUCAGCAUGCUCACCUUUAAUCGCGAUCAAACUGAUGUGCACUGUAUCCAGGUGCCAGUCGCCGGUCAUGACAACCCUGUACUCGUGCUUUCUGCGGCAAACCUGGCCGGCCUGGCAAAGCGCCUGCACCAGUUCGGCCGGGGCAAGGCUUUCAACCAAGAUUGGUACGGUUUGACGCCUACAUAUGAUAUUCAUAUCAAAUAUUCCAGUACUGUCGGCAUCUCCUUCGUCAAUCGCAUGGCAAUUGGCCAGUUCAAUCCCUCUGCUUUCGCUUCCUCCUCCGAUGUGCGUUGCCUCGAACGCCUGGCCGGUCUGGAAAUCUGGACAGACACAAAGAAAGCAGACACUGCCUCCACAGACAUUGUUCCAAUUUUCUAUGAAGAAUGUACUGGCGCUGGCGGUGGUCUUGGAACCGGUGCGCUUUCCGUUGGUUAUGAGGCUCGAAAACUUAAUGUAGGGAUGGUGACCCCUGUUGGCCUCCUCUUGCCGGAUAUUGGACCCUCUGGACCUGUACAAAGCGCCGUACUGUGUACCUAUCAUUCGCCAGUGGAUAAGUACAAUGCAAUGGCCGAGAUGUUGUGCGAGAUGUGUGAGCUGGGCACUCAAGUGCUUAUCAUUGGAGAUCAACCACGUGCUCUUGUGCACGCACUACUCGCCAGUGGACGGAAUGUCAUUAACGUCAGCCUGGAAAAUGAGGAGAUCAGUACUCCUACACAAGAAUCCUGGGGGAAGUAUGAGCAGAUACGCGGCGAGGUCUUUUGUGAUCCUGAUUUCCGUGUUGUUUCGGACGAUCAGGGACUUGUCGUCAAAUUUGUGGGGAAUUUUGCAGCGUACGUUGUCGAUACCUCUUCACACACUGAGUCAAAGAUUUCUUCGACUUCCAAGAAUAUUGUCAUCGGACAAGCUCUGAAACGCAAUAGCCCCGACGUGCCCGUGAUCGUGCAGUUGCGAGAUCAACCAACGAUUGAGGUUUCUCUUGCUAUCCUUGACCUUCCAGGUUAUAGCAAUCAAGGGUGUGAUAGUUACGGAGUGCUGCUCGAAGACAAUGCAACGAACUUUGGUGCCAGCCCCAACGACUGGCAGCACUUUUGCUGGCUCCGUAUUCACGCUGGCAACAAUUCGGGAAGUCGAGAGCUUAAAGUGAACGAUCAAUGCUACUUUCAGCUGUCCGCCCAGAGUCAACUCGGACGCAAUCUGAUGUCGCCCUUCUUCAAGACAUGCCAGAAUGACUUUCCCGAGAGCGCAUUCAAACCGGGUCGCCACCGUCGCAUGUUCUCUGUCCGUGGCACCCCUGGUGACGUGUAUCAAAGCCAUUUGGCUUCUUGGGACCAUAUCAUCGUGACUCGUGCGUUCAUGCUUGCUAUUCACAGCUCCAUCUCAGGUCCAGAAUGCGGCCUCAGCGAGCCUAAGAACCCGGUCGAAGUGCUAGCACAUUUGGAGCACAACUUGGGUGACUAUCAAUCUUCGAGGAACAUCAUCAAUUCUUGCUUUGAAAUUACCGACGUACGCCAAUUCACGGGCACCAACCCAAUACUCUUUAACCGGCACCCUUCGAUCCGCCACCUUGUCAGCGCGCGUUACGAUGCGCUUGCUCGCAUGUGUACCUUCGAGACCAUGGAGGCUCCUCCCGAAGUCAAAGCCCUAUUCCACCAACCAGCAUCUGGUGUACUCUUGCGAGGCUUAUCGGAAAUUUGCAAGCCUAGCAAUGGCUGGCGCGGACUGAUUCUUGCCAAAUACAAACGGGUUCUACCAUAUGAGUUUAUGUCUGUACUAGCUUACCAGCCUUUCUACUUAUGCAUGUAUCACUAUCUGUUCGCAUGCAUGCAUGGACUCCAGAAGCCCCUACCCACGUGGGAGCUACAAUACAACCUUUGGACCCUCAGUAUGAACGGCACCAAUGAAGAGCGGUUCUCCUUCAUGGCUCUGAAGCUGCGCACGGCAAUCUUCCCGCGUUCCACCACUGGACGUGUACAUGGCCUCCCGUGCGAAAAUAACGGCGCACUGGAGUUCUUUGGCGUUAAUUUGCGGGACCUGGGAGUCAAGGAUCAGUACGACCUGGCUGAUCCUGAGUAUGCGCGAGCCUGUGCCGAAAUAUUCCACCUUACUCGUGACCCAAAUGACAUGAAGGAUGAGGACAUGGCCGAUACACCGCGUACUCCAAAUCGUCCUUUGAAGGCCUCGGUGUCAUCGAGCCCGACGGUGUACAAAAUGUCUCCUAAAUCGCCUCGCGGUCUAUCGGAAUCUAUGCACACAAACAACAAUUACUGA